AUUUACUUUUAAUAUUAUGAAUUGCUAUUUUGAGAGUCGUUAUUAAUUCCUAUGUAUGGUUAUAUAUAUCUAUAUCUAUUUGAGUUUUGAGAAGCUUAAGAAAAGAAAAGAAAAGAAAAGAAAAUUGGUUGGAGAAGAUCAUGGCCGCAGCUAAUUUGGUUUCUCGCACUGGAAGGCAUUUGCAGCGUUACAACAAAGGCUGUCGCCAAGUCGUUGGAUGCAUUCCUUACCGAUACAGAGUAUCAAUUGAAGAUGAGGAAAUUUUUGAAGUUCUUGUCAUUAGCUCACAGAAAAAAGGCAAAGGAAUGUUGUUUCCAAAGGGAGGUUGGGAAGCUGAUGAAUCGAUUAAAGAUGCUGCUUUGAGAGAGACAGAGGAGGAAGCUGGAGUCUUGGGCACUCUUGAGCGUCAAUUGGGGAGAUGGCAGUUCAAGAGCCAAAGCCAAGACACUUAUCAUGAAGGAUACAUGUUCCCUUUGCUUGUUAACAAGCAAUUAGAUUUCUGGCCAGAGAAACACGUCCGACAAAGAUUAUGGAUGAGCGCCACAGAAGCUAAAGAGGUAUGUCAGCAUUUGUGGAUGAAGGAAGCCUUAGACAAGUUAGUAAGUCGUCUCUCGUCUGCAAAACAGAGGAAGAAGCUUUAGUAUGAUAUGAAGAAGCUUUGCAAAUAGGAAAUUGUUGAAGGGCAAGACUAAUAAGUAGUAGGAUCAGAAAAAAACCACCACUUUUUGACGCAGCGGAAGAUCAAUGCUCCUAGAGCAACCUCAGGUGGUGCUCCAAAUGAGUAGGCCUAUUAUUUUUGUGGUAAGGUUUUGGGAGAUCAUGUUAAGUGUUAAUCUGUAAAUGGAAUGGAGUAAUGUUCUAUAAGUAUUGAAUAAUUUCUAGACGAAUUGGGUAUUAGUUUCA